CGGUCAAGAUGGCAGCGAUCGCGGCUGGAGAUGAGCAUGCUGCCUCUGAAGUUUUGAGAGGACUCGCUCGACAUUUAAAUUGCCUGAACGAAGACAACAAAGCGACGAGAAAGAGAGCUCUCGAUUCGAUCCGAAAAGAGACGGUAGAUAGGGGCCUCUCCAGCAGCGUCUUACAGGAAGUAUUCUCUGCCCUCCUCAAGCCUCUCCUCAAAUGCCUGUCGGACCCGAUGGAAAGAUGCAGAGAAACCUCCAUAGGGAUGUUAACAGAGUUUAUUCGAUGUGUUCCCAAACCGGAGGAAUCGCUGCCUUAUCUAAUGCCGUGCCUGGCGCAGCGACUCGGGGAGAAAGAGAUCCUGGAGCCGGCGGAGGAGCUCCGACUGAUGGCCGUGGAAAUGUUGACUCUGGCGGUGGAGGUGUGCGGGAAGCAUUUAGCGCCCUAUCUGAAUGAAAUGAUCAGUAUACUACAGAGGACCAUCGUCGACCCUUUCCCAGACGUGAAAAGGGAAAGCUGCAAAUGCACCGUAAACUUUGCGAAGUGUGUUCCAGAACACUUUCACAUGCAAGCUGAGAGUCUUGUCAAGCCUCUCAUGAUGACGAUUGCUCAUCAGCACUCCCGGGUCCGAGUCUCUGUCAUCGAAGCCACUGGGUCGGUUAUUCAGCACGGCAGUGGGAAAAACGUGGACGACGUCCUCUCUCAUCUCGCACAGAGACUGUUUGACGACUCGCCACAGGUGAGGAAGACUGUGGCUGCGGUUGUUGGUGAUUGGCUGUUGCACAUGAGAGACCGAUACUCUUACUUCCACAAACUCGUCCCACUCCUGCUGAGCUGUAUCAGCGAUGAGGUCCCAGAAAUAAGGCUUCUAGCUGCUGAUUUGUGGAGGCAGGUGGGGGCGCAAUGGGAGAAGGAGAACGAGGACGACUUAAAAGACAAGAUGGACUUCCUUCUAACGCCACCUCCGCACUACCCACCAGGAGUAGAGCGUCCAGGCCUGGGAUGCAGAGAGCUGGUGGUGAGAAACCUGGGGCGGCUGGUGCCGGCCAUUGCCCACGAUGUCACCGACUGGCUGGUGCCCACGCGCGUCAGGACCUCUCAGCUCCUUUCCGUGCUGCUGCUCCACGCCGAGGACCACAGCACGCAGCACCUGCAGCCCCUCCUGGCCACCCUGUACCGGGCCUGUAUGGACACGGAGAAGGAUGUGGUCAGCAAUUGCCUGGCAGCUGCUAAACUGUUGGGGACCUUUGUCCCUCCGCCCGUCUUCCUCAAGCUGCUGCUGGAGCAUGUGACCACCCCGUACUCUUCCUCCCACCCCUGGGCCCCCCUCAUGGUGCUGGCCGCGGUGCUGGGAGGCUGCUCCAAACCACUCCUCGGACCGCAUCUGCAGCAGAUUGCCGGCGCGCUGGCUCAGCCCGACGUCUGCCAGGAACACCAGCAGGUUAUGUACUUGGAGCAGUUGUUGGCGUGCGUGGAUGUUCUGCUUCUCCAGUGUGAGUCAGACUGCGGCUCGGUCAGCCUGCAGCUACUGCAGGUGCUGGUCACUGUCCAGAGCCUGUCCCCCGAGCCGGAGCUCAGCGACAAGGCCUCGGAGAGCGUGCAGACGCUGUGUAAGGCUCAGGGCCUGGGCUCGGUGAAGGAGCUCUACAGGCGACAUAUGGGCCAGCUGCUGGACUGGAUGUCUGCCUCCGUCAACGCCUGGUCCAGCUACUCCCCGCAGAGGCUCCAGCUGCAUGUCAUCGUCACACAGUCAGGUCCGGUCAUCGGGGAGUAUCUGAGCCAGCUGAUGCCGCUCCUCCACAGCUGCCUCCAACCGAGCAGAGACCCAGAAAUGAGGAUGAGCAUCUUCACGAUGCUCGCCAAAUUGCUUUUGGACGCGAGCAACACCCUGGAUUCUCAGGGGUGUUUCCGCGACGAGUCAGAGAAGUUUCUGCGUGACGUCCUGGUUCCUAACCUGGUUUGGCACGCAGGCCGCACCGCCGCUGCCGUCCGCACCUCGGCCCUCAGCUGUCUUUUGGCCCUGCUGCACGGAGACGCCGCCACACCCGGGCAGCUGCUCUGUCUGGAGGACAAGCUGAGCCCACAGGUGCUGUCGGCCCUGGAGGAGGACUCUCAGAUGAGUAGGCUGUUAGCAUGUCGCUCUCUUUCCGCCAUGCUCCGGCUCAUAGGAACCAGUUUGCACCAUGAGGCCCUCAACAAGAUUUACCCCGAGCUGGUGAAGCGUCUGGACGACAGCAGCGAGGAUGUGCGUGCCGUCGCUCUGCAGGCGCUAGGGCUGUGGCUGUCCAGCCUGACCAAAGACUACAACGCCGAGCUCUGCGCCCCUCAUCUGCAGCUCCUCUUUCAGCAGCUCCUCCUGCACCUGGAUGACCCGGACAGCUCUGUGCGGGAGCAAGUGCUCGAAAUCCUGAAGAAAGGCAGCUCGGUCCACCCGGCUCUUCUGAAGGAGGAGGCGGAGGCAGUGAGGGACAAACAGAGGAGCCCUCUCUACUGCGACCAGCUGCUCCGUCACAUCGCCUCGCUGCCCACAGAGCAUCCAGCAGACUGUCCCGAGUGACAUCUAACACGGAGACUGACGCUUGUGCCUUAUCUCAACAUCCAUUCACCUGAAAAUGAAAGCGCUGGAGUUUUCUUCUCAAAGUGUUCGAGUAGAUUUGUUUUUUAAUAUUUUAAAUUAACUGUUAAAUGUGUCCUUUAAUGCACCGUUAAAUGCUAAAUUUACCAUUUGUUUGAAAGCAUUUUUUUUUUGGUCCUGAUGUUUUAUUUUAAUGGAAAAUUAGUUCAGACUGGAGUUUAUGUCACUGUGUUUGCCUUUGAAUAUUUGAGUUGUGACUUGCACCAGCCCAGAAGUUAAAUGAAGCAAUUUUUCCUCAAAAUUAAAUGUUUUUAUAUAUUUUUCAUAAUUAUUUUGUUUGCUUUUCAUUCUUUUUUUUGUCCGAAUUGCUUUGAUACGAUUUGUAAAUAUAAAUAAAUAUUAAAUAAAACGGUU